ACAAUGCACUGAGCUCAAACAAAAACGCGGAAACAAAAGAUAACCAGUUUAGUCGCAAACAUUUAACACCUCGUCAUCGUAAAGUAAGCUUAUUUGCUCGUUGACACUUGUUGUUUUGACAUCACAAUCUUCCUCAGACACACUUAAGACUUGCAAUGGCUUUGAAAAGAAUAAAGAAGGAAUUGUGUGACUUGAAGCGGGACCCUCCUGCCUCAUGCUCGGCGGGACCCGUCGGAGAGGACCUGUUCCAUUGGCAAGCCAGCAUCAUGGGACCGAACGACAGCCCGUACAAUGGAGGGGUUUUCUUCCUUUCAGUGCAUUUCCCCACAGACUAUCCCUUUAAACCUCCCAAGUUGGCUUUCAUGACAAAAAUCUAUCAUCCAAAUAUAAACAGUAACGGCAGCAUUUGCCUGGACAUUCUCAGGUCGCAGUGGUCGCCUGCCCUCACUGUAUCAAAAGUCUUAUUAUCCAUCUGCUCUUUGCUGUGCGAUCCCAAUCCCGAUGACCCCUUAGUCCCUGACAUCGCGCACACUUACAAAUCCGACAGACAAAAGUACAACGACUUGGCCAAAGAAUGGACUCGGAAGUUUGCGAUGUAACGGCAAGGCAAGUUUCAGCAUCAACAUUCCCCUGGAACCUUCAAGGUUAAAAAAAGAAAGAAAAAAAGAAAACCCAGUCGUUUUUCACCACACUGGUUCUAGUUUAUGCCGGAAACAUUUUGAGGACUCCAGUUGAAAUGGCCCAACUGUCUCAACUGUUCAGUUUGUUCUGCUUCACUUCAAUUGCAAUUUUGAUUUUCAUAAUUCAGAUAUUAGCAAUGAAAAUAAUACCUCAUUUUAUUUUACCUUUAAGAGAUUUAUAUUGAAUAAAACUAUGCUCGUAUUACUUUUCAUUUAACGCAA